GGCUUCGCAUGGGGGGCGCGGGCGGGCGGGUAUCUUCCCUCCACGCUGCGCUCGGUAGGGAGUGGGCUUCCACCGCCGCGUCCUCAGGUUCUGCCUCUGCCCGAGCUCGGCGUGCGAUCCAGUCCCGCGGACCGCCCCAGGGGAUCACAGAAGGCCCAUCUCGGAGCCCAGAGGGACCAGUGACCCGAACCGCUCGGUAUUGUUGAAGUUAAUGGAGUCAGAAGGAUCUCCAGAGUCAGAGAGUUCAGAAAGUUUCUCACAGCAAGAAGAUGAAGAAGAAGCCCCAGAACUAGAGGAAACAGGCACUGUGAACCCUCUCUUACAACCUGCUCUCACAGGCGACGUAGAAGGUUUGCAGAAGAUUUUUGAAGAUCCUGAGAAUCCUCACCAUGAAGAGGCCAUGCAGCUACUUUUGGAAGAAGACAUCGUUGGGAGAAAUUUGUUGUAUGCAGCUUGCAUGGCUGGGCAGAGUGAUGUGAUUAGAGCUCUGGCAAAAUAUGGUGUGAAUCUGAAUGAAAAGACCACCAGAGGCUACACGCUCUUACACUGUGCUGCAGCUUGGGGUCGUUUGGAAACUUUGAAAGCACUAGUGGAGCUGGAUGUUGACAUAGGAGCAUUGAACUUCCGUGAAGAAAAAGCUCGAGAUGUUGCUGCUAGAUAUUCCCAGACUGAGUGUGUUGAAUUCCUUGACUGGGCAGAUGCAAGGCUGGCUCUGAAAAAAUAUAUUGCAAAGGUCUCUGUAACCGUUACUGACUCAGAAAAGGGACCAGGGAAGCUCCUUAAGGAAGACAGGAACACCAUCCUCAAUGCGUGCCGUGCGAAAAAUGAGUGGUUGGAAACCCACCCAGAAGCUCCCAUCGAUGAGCUUUUUGAGCAGAGACAACAACUGGAAGAAAUUGUAACUCCCAUCUUCACAAAAAUGGCUACACCACGUCAAGUGAAAAGUGCCAAAUCUGUAAACUAAGCCAUGGUCAGAAGAGAACUCAAGAUUAUACUGUCUACUAAACAUUUAUUUUGUAAAGGUCACAUUUUCUUCUGGGAUAGGUAAAGACAAACCUAUUCAUGGCACCUGAAAUCAAGAAAAUAUGCAUAGAUGUAGGGUUUCAUAAAAGUGUUUAAGUGAAAAAUUAAAUCACUCUUGUGUUGUUUUACCCUUUUCAGCCUGCCCAUGUCUGGGCAGACUUCUGGCUUUGCUUCUGCCCCUUUAAGCACAGCCCCAAACAAGUUUACAUAAUCCUUACAGAAAGCACUUGGGUAGAAACCAUUCACAAAGACUAGGGAGAUGUUUUAAAAGCAAUAUAGAGAAUAUCAUAAUUUACUGUGUAACCAAAGUAGGAAAUUUCCAUCUGACUUAGGAAUUCCAUUUAAAAAAGACAUAUUUUGCUGGUUCCUAAGGAAAAAUGUUUUCCCUCUCUCCAAAAGAAAUGUUGUGGGAUGUCAUUCUAGAGCAAGAAAAUAUCAAGAAUUAUUUAGAUCAGGGUCCUCUGAUAACAACUCUUACUUUUUAUAAUUAAAUUAAAAUUCAACUGUAAGAUGAGAUAUCAUCUCUGAGUAACCCCCUAUUUAUCUUUUACUUCUUUCUAUCUUUAAGAUAAACACAAAUCUGUAGUUUUAUAUUUAGAAGAUUUCCCCUAUUCUGAAGCUUGAAACCUGCAGAUAACUGGACUUCAUGCCAUUUUUCUCUCUUGUUUUGUCAUAUUUCCUAGGUUUAAAAUAUAGUUUCGGGCCAGCCAGUGGUGUGGUGGUUAAAGCGCUGGACUCCUACA